AAAAAGAGAGAGAAGGAAAAAAGAUCCCUCCCUUCUCCUUCCAUUCCUCCUCUUCCCCUCCUUCCUUCUCUUCUCGCUCGGGCUCGGCCCCGGCCCCGGAGUCGCAUCCCCGCCAGCAUGCCGGGCUCAGCCGCUCGCCCGCCCCUGCUGCUGCUGCUGCAGCUGCUGCUGCUGCCGCUGCUGUCCCUGCUGCUGCUGCUGCUGCCCCCUCGCCCGGCCCGGGCACUGGACUUGGCCGAUUACACCUAUGACCUGGGGGAAGAGGAGGACCCCGAGCCCCUGAACUACAAAGACCCCUGCAAAGCCGCUGCAUUUCUUGGGGACAUCGCUCUGGAUGAAGAGGACUUGAAGAGCUUCCAGGUGGAACAGAUUGUGGAACUCAGGCAGCGGGCCAUCCACAGGGCGACUGGCAAAGCCUCAGGAAAUAGUUCCAUCCUCACCAAACAGUUUGCCCGGGGACAGCCUCAGAGGAAGGCCCGGGAGAAGCUGGGGGUCCGGAGCCGGGGUCGGUCCCGUAGCAGGAGGGCAGCAACAUCACGGCCAGAACGGGUGUGGGCCGAUGGCAUCAUCCCCUUUGUCAUUGGAGGGAACUUCACUGGCAGCCAACGAGCCGUCUUCCGGCAGGCCAUGAGACACUGGGAGAAGCACACGUGUGUCACCUUUCUGGAGCGCACAGAUGAGGACAGCUACAUAGUAUUCACCUACCGACCCUGCGGGUGCUGCUCUUAUGUGGGUCGCCGGGGCGGGGGACCCCAGGCCAUCUCCAUUGGGAAGAACUGUGACAAGUUUGGCAUCGUUGUCCAUGAACUGGGCCACGUCAUCGGCUUUUGGCAUGAACACACACGACCUGACCGUGACAACCAUGUGGCCAUCGUGAGGGAGAAUAUCCAGCCAGGACAGGAGUAUAACUUCCUGAAGAUGGAACUCGAGGAAGUAGAAUCUCUGGGGGAGACUUACGACUUUGACAGUAUCAUGCAUUAUGCUCGAAACACUUUCUCCAGGGGUAUCUUUCUGGACACCAUUGUUCCCAAGUACGAUGUAAAUGGGGUAAAGCCCCCUAUUGGCCAGAGGACUCGGCUCAGUAAGGGGGACAUUGCCCAGGCCCGAAAGCUCUACAAGUGCCCAGCCUGUGGAGAGACUCUUCAGGACAGCACUGGAAACUUCUCCUCUCCUGAAUACCCCAAUGGCUAUUCUGCACAUAUGCACUGUGUUUGGCGCAUCUCCGUCACACCUGGAGAAAAGAUCCUUCUGAAUUUUACUUCCCUGGAUUUAUACCGCAGCCGGCUGUGCUGGUACGACUACGUAGAGGUUAGAGACGGGUUUUGGAGAAAAGCUCCCCUCCGAGGAAGGUUCUGUGGGAACAAACUCCCUGAACCCAUUGUUUCCACUGACAGCCGCCUCUGGGUGGAGUUCCGAAGCAGCAGCAAUUGGGUUGGGAAAGGCUUCUUUGCUGUUUAUGAAGCUAUCUGUGGGGGUGAUGUAAAGAAGGACAAUGGCCACAUUCAGUCACCCAAUUACCCAGAUGACUACCGACCCAGCAAAGUCUGUAUUUGGCGGAUCCAGGUGUCUGAGGGCUUCCAUGUGGGGCUCACUUUCCAGUCUUUUGAGAUUGAACGCCAUGACAGCUGUGCCUAUGACUACUUGGAGGUACGGGAUGGACACAGUGAGACCAGCACCCUCAUUGGACGAUACUGUGGCUAUGAGAAGCCAGAUGACAUCAAAAGUACAUCCAGCCGCCUCUGGCUCAAGUUUGUCUCUGAUGGCUCCAUCAACAAAGCUGGCUUUGCUGUCAACUUUUUCAAAGAAGUGGAUGAGUGCUCCCGGCCCAACCGAGGUGGCUGUGAACAGCGUUGCCUCAACACUCUGGGCAGUUAUAAAUGCAGCUGUGACCCGGGCUAUGAGCUGGCUCCAGACAAACGCCGCUGUGAAGCUGCCUGCGGUGGUUUCCUUACCAAGCUUAAUGGUUCCAUCACCAGCCCAGGCUGGCCCAAGGAGUACCCUCCCAACAAGAACUGUAUCUGGCAGCUUGUGGCACCUACCCAGUACCGAAUCUCCCUACAGUUUGACUUCUUUGAGACAGAGGGAAAUGAUGUAUGCAAGUAUGACUUUGUGGAGGUAAGGAGUGGACUGACAGCGGAUUCCAAACUUCAUGGCAAGUUCUGUGGUGCUGAAAAACCUGAGGUGAUAACCUCCCAGUACAACAACAUGCGUGUAGAGUUCAAGUCGGACAACACCGUUUCCAAGAAGGGCUUCAAGGCUCACUUCUUCUCAGACAAGGACGAGUGUUCCAAGGACAAUGGCGGCUGCCAGCAGGACUGCGUCAACACCUUCGGCAGCUACGAGUGCCAGUGCCGAAGUGGCUUCGUCCUCCAUGACAACAAACAUGACUGCAAAGAAGCUGGUUGUGACCACAAGGUAACAUCCACCAGUGGCACCAUCACCAGCCCCAACUGGCCUGAUAAAUACCCGAGCAAAAAGGAGUGCACCUGGUCUAUCUCUAGCACUGCUGGGCACCGUGUCAAACUGACCUUCUCAGAGUUGGACAUUGAAUCACAGCCAGAAUGUACCUAUGACCACCUGGAGGUAUAUGAUGGGCGUGAUGCCAAAGCCCCUGUCCUGGGCCGCUUCUGCGGGAGCAAGAAGCCUGAACCUGUCCUGGCCACUGGAAAUCGCAUGUUCCUGCGCUUCUAUUCUGACAACUCUGUCCAGAGAAAGGGUUUCCAAGCUUCUCAUUCCACAGGUGGGACCUGGGACUUGGUUUGGAGGGGGUGAGUCUUGGGCUGGGCAUCCUCAUUCAUUCA